GUUGGAGUAACUUUGCCUGGAGGAAGGUCGCUACCUAGGUCGUAAUGGAUGACGACGACGAUAUCUUUCUUUAUGGCGAGUCAAGCGCAAAUGACCGAGAGCCAACCAAGGUCGAAGUUCCAACCUCCGUGCCCAAACCCGUUCCACUUGAAACCGUGAAAGCCGCAUCAAAUGGACUCGUCGAGAAUCUCGAAGCCAAGGCAGAAGAAGAGAUUCCUUUCGGUUCUGCAACACCUCCAGAACAGACCAAUGGCGACUACAGUGGAGAGAACGGUCAGAAUGGUCAGAAUGGGCAAAACGGCUACGAUGAACAAGACGAGGACGACAACGGCGGAGAAGACGAGGAUAGUGACGAAGAUGACAUUGAGAUUAUAAUGGAUCAACCAUCUCGCUCGUUGGAUUUACGGCCAAAUCGGCCUCCACCAACUACAAGCCGUGCGCUGAAUGCCUCGCAGGCCACGCCCAUCAAGCCCGCACAACCCACCUUAACCACUGAAUAUACACCCCGCGAGCGAGGAGCCCCUGCACCUUCGAGACCUCAACAAUCGCCUCUGACAGGGUCGACAUCUCAAGCCCAAGCUCCACAACCACAGUCUCAUCUCGGCCAGCAAGCCUCAGAGCAGACUCAGAGUGAUGACGGACCCGACCCUUCAACACUACCUCCAGUCUCCGCCGCUCCUUCACAUCCCAUAAUCAACCCAAACAUGAUAGGCAUGGCAGACGGUCGAUCAAUAUUGGAAUAUGAUCUCACCGCUAUGGGCGAAAAGCCAUGGCGGAGACCAGGCUCGGAUAUAAGCGACUGGUUCAACUACGGAUUUGACGAGAUGUCGUGGGAGGCCUACUGCUACCGGAGAAGAGACCUUGGGGAGUUGGCAGAUGUUUUGAAGACAAACGUCCUGAACUUCGCCGGUAUGCCCGAAGACCAGCUCACUGCUCUCCCUCCUGAACUCCGGACCAUGGUCAUGACCGGUGCGAAUGCCAUGAUGAACAACGCCAGUGCAAACAAUAUGAUGGGACCCGGGGUUGGCAUGAACCCCAUGAUGGACAUGUCUGGAAUGGGCGGGAUGAACAUGGGACCUAUGGGCAUGGGUAUGAACGGCGACAUGGGCAUGCAAGGCCCCAUGAUGCCGGACGGCAGCGGCGGGCCCCAGGGGACGGGAACGCCGGAGCAAGGUGGGCAGAUGGGCAUGCAGGACGGGUACGGCGGGGGCGGACCAGGGCCUGGCAUGAUGGGUAUGGGCAUGAACAACGAAUUUGGUAUGCAGGACCAAGGGCAGAUGGGGCAGGGCAUGUACCCGGGCAUGGAGGGAAGCAACACGCCAAAUCCCCCCCAACAACAUCAGCAGACGCCGGUGCCGAGUGUCCCACCACAGAAUGUCCCACCUGGGCCAGGCAGUCGUGGCACGCCUCAAGGUCAAUACCGUGGUCGUGUGGUGUCAAAUCAACGCGGACGGGGUGCUUUUGCCGGCCGUGGGCGGGGACGAUAUGGCGAUGGUCCUGCUGUACCUGUUAGAUCAACAUCGCCUCUACCACCCAAUGUUCCAACGGGACCGCGGAACGCCAACAGAUACAAGGAUAGGGAUAACAAUGCGCCAGCGGUUGACGGUCUGGACUACGGUGGGGGGAAGGACUCGGGGAGACGGACUCCUUCUGGCGAACCUGAGGAACGGAGCAGCAGAAAGAGACGAAUCUCACCUGGACCGGACGAUGGCAGGGGUUCUAAAAGGCGUUGAUCAUGUGUAUACGGUAUAUAUAAGUACGUUUCUUUUAUUGUACUGAAGUCAUUGCUCCCCCUAUUUCGGCAUGCAUUAUUGUAGUAAUGCAGAGAUUCUGCCCUUACUGCAGAUGGACUCUCCCGAUAUUCGGUUCAGAUGGAUGCCUUGCUUUACCAGUGCAAACACAGAGUGAUCAUCGAACAGCUGACUUGUGGUAC